AGAUCUGCGGUUUCCCUCCCAUUGGCCGGCCUGCGUGGGUGCCAACUUCUGCACGUGAUUUAAUGGAUCAGAAGGAGGUGUCAGUGAAAAAAAAGGUCCAGAAUGAUUACUAACCUAUGACUCCCAACAGUAUGACAGAAAAUGGCCUUCCAGCCUGGGACAAACCAAAGCACUGUCCAGACCGAGAACACGACUGGAAGCUAGUAGGAAUGUCUGAAGCCUGCCUCCAUAGGAAGAGCCAUGCGGAGAGGCGCAACACAUUGAAAAAUGAACAGCCGUCACCACAUCUCAUCCAGACCACUUGGACUAGCUCGAUAUUCCAUCUGGACCAUGACGAUGUGAAUGAUCAGAGUGUCCCAAGUGCCCAGACCUUCCAAACAGAAGAAAAGAAAUGUAAAGGGUACAUCCCCAGUUAUUUAGACAAGGACGAGCUAUGUGUAGUGUGUGGUGACAAAGCCACCGGGUAUCACUACCGCUGCAUCACGUGUGAAGGCUGCAAGGGUUUCUUUAGAAGAACCAUUCAGAAAAAUCUCCAUCCAUCCUAUUCCUGUAAAUAUGAAGGAAAAUGUGUCAUAGACAAAGUUACGAGAAAUCAGUGCCAGGAAUGUCGCUUUAAAAAAUGCAUCUAUGUUGGCAUGGCAACAGAUUUGGUACUGGAUGACAGCAAGAGGCUGGCAAAGAGGAAGCUGAUUGAGGAGAACCGGGAGAAGAGACGGCGGGAAGAGCUGCAGAAAUCCAUCGGGCACAAGCCAGAGCCCACAGACGAGGAGUGGGAGCUCAUCAAAACUGUCACUGAAGCCCAUGUGGCCACCAAUGCCCAAGGCAGCCACUGGAAGCAGAAACGAAAAUUCCUGCCAGAAGAUAUUGGACAAGCACCAAUAGUAAAUGCCCCAGAAGGUGGAAAGGUUGACUUGGAAGCCUUUAGCCAUUUUACAAAAAUCAUCACACCAGCAAUUACCAGAGUGGUGGAUUUUGCCAAAAAGUUGCCUAUGUUUUGUGAGCUGCCAUGUGAAGACCAGAUAAUCCUCCUCAAAGGCUGCUGCAUGGAGAUCAUGUCCCUUCGCGCUGCAGUGCGCUAUGACCCAGAAAGUGAGACUUUAACCUUGAAUGGGGAAAUGGCAGUGACACGGGGACAGCUGAAGAAUGGGGGUCUUGGGGUGGUGUCAGACGCCAUUUUUGACCUGGGCAUGUCACUGUCUUCUUUCAACUUGGAUGACACUGAAGUAGCUCUCCUUCAGGCUGUCCUGCUAAUGUCUUCAGACCGCCCAGGGCUUGCCUGCGUUGAAAGAAUAGAAAAAUACCAAGAUAGUUUCCUGCUGGCCUUUGAACACUAUAUCAAUUACCGAAAACAUCAUGUGACACACUUUUGGCCAAAACUCCUGAUGAAGGUGACAGACCUGCGGAUGAUUGGAGCCUGCCAUGCCAGCCGCUUCCUGCACAUGAAGGUGGAAUGCCCCACGGAACUCUUUCCCCCAUUGUUCUUGGAAGUGUUCGAGGAUUAGACUGACUGACUUCAUUCUCGUAAUUCCUACAGCACUACUGGGUGUCAUUUCAUUCCAUUGCCUAGAUCUUUUUUGUUUGUUCCUUUGUUUCUUUGUGUUGGGAGGGACUGUUUGGGGAUAAAGGGAGGUAGUCCUUAGCAUAGACAUGGAUGAAAUUGCCCCUUGAAUGCGGGUACUUGUAACUAUUGCAUUUUGUUCUCCAGCCCUUUGAUGUGAAUGCUUUGAAGGUUUUACAGUUGUGGAGGUGGGGUGGGGACAAUCAUUAAUUCACCAGCACCAAGCCAUCACCAGCUCCCAUCAGUCCCUGGUCAGAGACUCAAGCAAGCAAAAUGGCGUGGAAGAAGACUAACGAAGCCUUAAAACCAAGAUAAUAUGGUCAUCUUGAUCCAGUCCUGAUUUUUGCAGGGCUCAAAUUAGCAUGGUGCAGACCACCUUUGGUUAGAUGUGGCUUUCAGCUUUCUAGGGAAAGGUCUGAAUUGAUUUUUAUCUAUUCAAGAGCAUGCUGUUUUCAGCACUCUUCAUUCUCUCCUGGCAACAUAA